GAUUUUCAAGAGGCGCUCAAGGAUGGCACGACUUUGUGUGCUCUGGCAAAUGCCAUCCAGCCUGGUGCCAUCGCAAAGGUCAACAAGAGCUCCCUGGCUUUCAAGCAGAUGGAAAACAUCAACCAGUUUGUCGACUUUGCCCGCAGCAAGGGGGUGCGUUCAGAUGACCUCUUCCAAACGGUGGACCUCUAUGAAGGUAGCAACAUGGUUCAGGUAUGC